UUUCUCUCGCGCUUGGUUCGCACAAACAAUUUCACGGCCUCUCCGAGGCACUGCGAUCCGCCUGCGCUUGCACGCCACCGCAGACGCACACCACGAGCCGCCGAAUCGGCGGCCCGCGGGGGGGCCCGCCGCGCCCCCCCCCCCCCCCCCAGGGAGGAGGAGGAGGAGGAGGAGGUCUGGGCCGGGAGGGACGAGCCCGCGCCCCUGUCCGAACAGCUUCUGCCUGGGCCGAACCGCAGUUUUGCCCGGUCCCGGCCUUCGCGGCUGCCCGAGCAACACGUCUCGGCUCGGUCCCAGCGGAACCUGCCCUUCGCGCCCCGGUGGCCCGAACCAUUCGAUGGACAGGACCUUCUCCCCGAACCUUGAGGAAUUACAGCAACACGCGCACCUGCUCCUAGGGGGCUCCCGAGAACACAGCAGCCACCACAGAGGGCGGUGCAUGCAGGGAGCUCGACCCAGGUCUACAAGCUGGAGGAUCGCCAUUAAACAGUCCUUUGCGCUUGAGAGAGCGGCCCAAGCGCCCAAAAGAUCGUGAUGUCCGCCAGUGCGAAGAGCUUAAUACAACAGCGGAACACGUUCUCCGCCGGCGCAGAACAGGACGGCCGCCAACCCUAACUGGCGUGGCGGGGCUUCCACGGCGGCGACGACACCCGGCGCGGCCCCCCGGUGCCUCGGCGCCUCGACACUGCAGGAGCCGCGGAGGAGCGGAGGGGGACGCCUCGGGGCGGAGGGGGCACUCCUCGGCGAGGGCUCCCGGCUCUGCGCUCCGCGCUGCGCGAGGCGCGAAGCGCGAAUGACUUCGCGCUCUCGCGCCGCCUCCCAAGGGAGAAGAGGAGGACGAGGAGGAAUCGGAGGAGGAUGAGGAGGAUGAGGAGAAGGACGGCCGACGAGGUGGCCCGCGGCAACUUCUGCGCCCAAGCCGCUCGCCGGUCGAGCCCUGCGCGCCCGACCACGGGAGGACUCGCCUGGGCCUCGGGGCGCCGCAGGUGAGGAGGAGGAGGAGGAGGAGGAGGAGGAGCGGAGGGGCAGGACAGGGCACGGGCCGGCGGGGAGGCCAGCGGCAGCUCGUGUGCCCCAGGCCUCUCGGUGGAGCACUGCGAGCGUGAUUCUGGGAGGAACCAUCUCGAGAGGAAAAAUCCAUAUGAUACCCAACAUACCAUACGCUCGUCGGCAGCUGUCGUGCUGCCUGCAUGCCCUCGGAGAUGAGAGAGGGGGCAAGCGGGGGGCGGCUAGCGAGACAUCUUCGGCGACUUAGAUCCACUGUAGACAGCCUGCCGUCCACCCCCUCGCCUCCGCAUACUCCUGAGCACGUUGAAAUCACGAAGCAUAUUUCUACUACGCAGAAUACUCGCGAUGCUGGCCUGCAUGACGCUAUGGUCUGCUGCCGGAGCGCCAAGAGAAUCACAUUCAAAAAACUGGGAGAGGCAGAAGUGUUGCAAUGAAAAACACAAGGCGUCGGUGACCCCCCUGUGGUAUUCCUCUGGGAUGGCCUUGACACACUCUUUAAACACGCGUCUUCGACAACCACAUACAAACUAUUGCUCACUCGGGCAUCCGCGGCGCGUGCCACCGGCAUUCAAGAGCCGACGCUACGCGGCCCAGGAGAAGCAGGAAGAGAGGGAGGGAGGAGAAAGAGGAGGAGGAGGAGGGGGAGGAGGAUGAGGAGGUUCCUCGAGCGAGGCGUGACUUAUCGGGGCGGGCCGUUCUGGUCCAGGCCGCGGCGCGCGCGCGCGCGCGUGCGCGAUCGCCUCCGCGCGCGCCCGCGGGUGGCCCAGAGAAGCGGCAGGGCAGAGAGCGAAAAGCAGCAACCCGUAGGAGGCCUUCGUGCACGAACGGUUUCGAGCAACAGAGGACGACACAAACAUUUGGCCCACCAAAGGCCUAAGGAAGCCCCCAAGAGGCUUCCAAGAGGCCCCCAGGAAGCUCCCAGGAGGCCCAAAGAUUGCCUCAAGCGGC